AGGCUCCUUUGCUCAACUUCGAGGCGGCUGUCCUGUUUUGUACAUGCCAGUACGCAGCAGCUGUCUGACGUCAAGGUAGACUAGUCCAAUCUUGCAUGCACUGCUCCCUUGACUUGGCCAGCUCCCAGUCACUGGGCCAGUCGAUACCUCCGGUACAGCUUUCAUUCCGCAUUUGGCUCUCCACCGCAAAAGUCUCCAGUUGCAUCCAGUACCAAGUCCGUUCGAUAUGAAGAUCUGCACUUGUCUUCUUGCUUUGUCUGCGAGUGUGGCCGCACUCACCUCCGGUUCGCUAGUCGUAGACACAGCUCCCGAGGAGCUUUGCCCGUACGUACUGCCCAAGAACUACGGUGAAGCUGUCAAGAUCGGUGACCAGAUCUAUCGCUUCUCCGUUACGGGCCCGUCCUCCGGUGGCGCGUUCACUCUGCUGCAGACCAGUGCACCGGAAUCCACGAGUUUGGGUGUGCUUCCGCAUAUUCACAAGACUCACUACGAGAAUUUCUACUGCACCCGCGGUCGGUUCCAGCUCUGGGCCGAGUCCUACAACUCCACGUCCGAGCAGCAGACCCGCGUGCUAACACAGGGCGACUAUGGUGCUGUGCCGCACAACACGUAUCACACGUUCCAAGUGCUGGAUCCAGACACGCAGAUGACCGGCGUCAUCCAACCUGGUGGCUUCGAGGUGCUCUUCGUCGCACUCCGCGACUCGUAUUACAACUCCAGCACGUACGCGAACUUCGCGCCUUCGCACACGAACUCGUCUGCCGGCACGAACGCCGACACGAUCUCGGCGCUUGAGGAAUACGACGUGUACGCCCAGCUAACCUGGGAGACUCGUCACGACACGGUGAACGGAACUGCCGGAAGCGGCAACUGGCACAACGGCACGAACGAGCUAGCCGAUGACGGCCACACACCGUUCUUCGUGGCCAAGAACUUUGCGCAGAAGUAUCUUAACUAUGAGAACGGCUACAAGUUGCUAGCGCCCGUGCAGAAGGGUCCUCAGAGCGGUGGCAACUUCACUAUGGGUACGCUCACCAUGUCGGCGAAGGCCAGCAACGAGACUGUAAACACCAUCACGCCCAAGCAGCCACUGGCGUUCCAGCUUGAGGAGGGACAGCUAUCGGUUGAAGUGGACGGCGAGACAGCGCAGCUGAUCCAAGGCGACGUCCUCUUCGUGCCGGGCAAUACAACCUUCAGCUAUCACGCUACGGUGCCUGUCACCAAGUUCCUGUACGUUAGCGGCGGAGCUGACGGCUUCGACUACGACCUGCUCCAGAGCAGCGUCGAAUGGGACUACGCCGCCUACCCCACGUACGCUGGAUACACUGCUUAGAUGGCAGGUUCAUUCUAGCUAGAGGGAAUUGGUAAACCACUUCAACGGCUUCAACUUGAUCUCGGACUUCGAUUUUAUUGCGAAUAAAGCUAUUCAAUAUCUGCUUCUUGCACUUAAAUAACCGUGCAGACAAGAUUAGAUUAACGGCGACUAAGAUGAGGAAUAGACAAUCGUGUCCAGUCGCGCAGCACAAAGCACAGGACAGAGGAAAACCAAGUCCAAGCGGAUACCAUUCAGCUGGUCGACAGGCAGAAAUUCGGU